AUGGAAUCAACAGCCAGUAGUAAGGAGAGGACCGAGUUCUUCCAAAGACUAAAACCAUGUUGCGUGAGGAUAAGCCAGUUGGCGAUACGUGAGGCCGACGUACCGGCUUCUUCUCGAGAGCUUGGUGAGCAGACAGGCCGACUUUUGGAGCUUCUCAAUGAACAAAUCAGCCGAAACCCGCUAGCACUGGAUGAGAAGUUAUCUGAAUAUGUCUUCUUCCCUCUUCAUCACAUCUUUCGCCAGAUGGAUCAAUAUCCCAUGCAAUUGAUCGAGAACUGCAUCAAGACGCUUACGAUUCUCAUCGCGCACGGCUGGAAGACAAAGCUUUCUGCGGAGCUUGUGCGACAGAUUCUGAGCCUUCUGACUUUCAUUAUCGAUGGAACACCUGGCUCAACCCCAGCACGCCCCAUCGCUGAGGAGACAGUGCUGGAAGCUUUCCGUGGGCUGACAGCGCUCUUCAACACAGCUGGUUUAUCGGCCGCAGCUUCAUCGGGACUCUCGGAUGCAGAGUCAAUACCGGCUCUCGGGCACGGCGUAACUAUCAUGUUGAAUGGAGUGGUAGAUGGUGCAACACCUCAGAUUCAACAGGAAGCACUACGUGCCCUGCAAGCCGUGUACCAUACUGUGAAAGAACCUGCUGCGUUGGCUAGUUUCCUGCCUGGCACCAUUUCACUACUCGCCAAAGUCACAUCUUCACCUAACCGGUACAAGAGCACUGUUCUCGCCAAAUGUCUCGAGACAGUGAGCCUGGUACUGACAAGUGUAUUGGCUGAUCUACGGACGCGGUCUAUCUCGACAAAACCCGAAACUGAUCAAGAGGGGGCCGAUGAUAACAAAAUCCUCUCUCCCGCUUGGCUCAAGGCAAGUACCAUGCAAGUAAAGAAAGCCCUCUCAACGAUUAUGAAACUGCGUUCUCAUGGAUCUGCUGAGGUGAGGAAUGCCCUCAACAAACUUUGCGUGACCAUUCUGGAUGAAUGCCACAACACCUUGUCCAAUUGUGCAAACAUGCUUGUCGAGACAGCCAUGAUGCUAGGGGAGACUGAGAACAAGAUGCCCUUGACACAGACUAGUUUACAAGACCUUGUCAACAUCUAUCCUGAACUCGGUGAAAUUGUCAAAACGACAACAUAUAACUGGAUGUCUAGUCUUUCACGGUUGAUGCAAUCAGCGGAUGAAGAUGUCAAGCGAGACGCAAUACGAAAUGUCUUGAAGGGCCUUGAGUUCAUCAAAGACCUGCAGAUACAAUCAUCGACGUUGGACGAAUCCAUGUCGAUUAUGCUCCGAGAUAGUGUUAUAUCUCUAAUGCAAGCAUCAAGAACCUCGGAAACUAACGAGAACAUGGACGUCCGACUGAUAGACAGUGGGGAAGCAUCGGCAGAGCCAAAGGAUGUUCAAUACCAGCCCGUCUUGCUACGCUCCGAAUCGCAAAAGAAUAUCCGUCAGGAGAUGGCAUCACUCAUUGCCUUUCUCGGGUCAUCGUCUCAGCAAGCAAGAUUUGCUGGUACUAUGUUGGAGCAAGUCCAGGACUCUGAUAACUCAGCUAGCCAACUCGCUACUUUUUGGCUUUGCUUUGAACUUAUCAAGGCGAGCCAUAGAUCCUCUGCUGAAGAAGAGAUGUUCUUGAACUUGUCAUCAAUAACCGACCCCUCUCAGGAUAUCGACACUAUAUUCAAUGAGCUUUACACCACAUCGGUGCAGAUUCUCGACCGGCACACAGAUGCGGAACCUGUCGACUGGCGGCUAGAGGCUCUAGCUCUAGAAGCAACUGCCUACACAGCACAGCGAGCCGGAGAGUCAUUUCGCCCUGAGCUGAUUGAUGUUUUGUUUCCCAUCGCAACGUUCUUAGGCUCCAACAACCCCAAUCUUCAAAAGCAUGCUAUUGUCACGUUGAAUAGUAUAGCAGCCUCAUGCGGAUAUGCCAACGUCUCAGAACUUAUCAUCCAAAAUGUGGACUACAUGGUGAACUCGGUUUCGUUGAGGCUGAACAGCCUGGACAUAUCGCCUGCCUCGAUCAACGUUUUGACCAUGAUGGUCCGACUUGCAGGCCCCCGACUGGUUCCCUACCUAGACGAUGUUAUAGACUCUAUCUUCGGGGCUUUAGACAACUUUCACGGAUAUCCAGUAUUUGUCGAGAAUCUGUUUGUCGUUCUCAAGGAGGUUGUGAACCAGGGCGUUCGCUCUGAUAUGUUGUUGCUGGAACAUCAGAGGAGUUCAAAGCCAGACCAUCGAAAAGUACACAAGAAAGAACCCGGGCUCUCCGAACUCUUGGAUACCCUGGAAAAGCGAAGGCAACGGGCAGCAACCGAUGAGAUGGAAACUGAAGAAGUGAAAGGUCACCCAAAGAUCCCGUGGAAGGAAGAAAAGAAAGAGGAUGAUAGCAACGAGGCAGCUGAUCCUCCACCAGAACCAGAAAAACCGCCAAACUCACCAACAUACCAGCUUCUGCUAAGAGUGGCAAACCUCACGCAACAUUACCUCACCUCCCCGACACCAACACUGCGAAGAUCCUUGCUUGAGCUCCUGACAACAGCAUCCACUGCUUUGGCUCCCGAUGAAGAUGCGUUUUUGCCCCUCGUUAACGCGAUCUGGCCAGUAGUGAUCGACAGGCUGCAUGACCCAGAAGCUUAUAUCGUGGUCGAGGCAUGCCGCGCGCUUGCUGGGCUCUGCGCUGCUGCGGGGGACUUCCUUAGCUCUCGGUUCAAGACUGACUGGGCUGAAUGGCUUCGAGAUUGGUGCCGAAAGGUUAAACAGCAAGCUUCCGCUUCACCGAGCUGGGUCAGACCCCAUGGGGAAGCUGGCACUACGUGGGGGAAAGAAAGCGACGAUAGCCGAGUGUUGAUACCCCUGAGGCAUGGUGAUAGUCUAAGCGGCAAGCCUUUAACGCAAAUAGUCGCACCAUCUUCAGGUAGCUUAGGAAAAUUUGCGUCACCAGCGAGAGUGUGGGAGGGUACGGUUGAGCUACUGACAGCUCUCGUAUCUCAUGUCCAGGUUGACGAAGAAAUGUUUGAUGACAUUCUUGACUUGCUCUCGGACGUUUUGGAACGAAACGUUGUCGUGCGGGAGGCAUUGGAGGCUGUCAACGGGGACGCUGUAUGGCUUUCGAGGUAUGAGAGAGGGAAUAUUGAAUGGCUCCCAACACCGAAAAUGGACGGAGUGGAGUUCACCCCCAUGGCAAUCUCGAGGUAA